AUGACCCGAGGCCCCAGCCCAGUAAAAAUUGAACUCAACGCAUUGACAACGAGAAACAUGAAUGGCGUAAAUGUUACUCCUCUACUUAUAGAAUUCAAGAAAUUCAUUGCCAGUAUUUCGUCGGAACUUGGAUUAGACAGUGGACGCACUUGGUUUAAGAGGAAAUUGUCAAACGAAAAUGUUUCUCUUGUUGCGGCAAAUGUGACUACGUCUGAUUAUCAAGGCGGGAUAGAUGACACUGGUAAUAUUGGAGGAUUUGCUGCAGAUAAUGGAACUACAGGUGGCACUGGGCUUGGUAUAGGAGGAUCCAUUAGUGGGGGAGCUGGAGCUGGAAUAGGAGGGAGGUUAGGUAUUGGGGUGGGGCCCAUUGGUGCCGGAGUUGAAGGUGGUGUUGGGGUUGGGAUUGGUGCUGGUAUUAGAGCAGGUGUUGGUGCUGGCGGCAUGGGUGGGGCCGGCGGCAGUGGCGGCGGCCUUAGCGGAGGAGUAGGCACCGGCCUUGGUGGUGGAUCAACUGGUGGAGGAUUUGGCGGCGGAUGGCCAUGA